GGAGUUCACGAGUCCGAUGGGCUAUCCGAAACUGGCUCGGUCAUCUCAUCGCUAUCUUCUCUUAUGUCAGUUGGUCGUCCUCGAAGGCGACGCGAAUUUGAAGCUGGUGACAUCAAUGCGAAUCAGUCCAAUUCGGACGCUGCAUUACAAGAGUGUGUCUCGGUGACAGACAAAUUUAAAAGCCGCAUGUAUUUCAUCUGA